CACGUCACGUGACUCCAGAACCCCUUCCACCAAAACAUUACUGAGCAGAAAGCACUCGUCAACAACCUCGCGUCGAGCUAAGCGCACCACCGCCACCUCUGCCAAGUUCGGAGCUAACAAACUCUCAAGCCUUAGUAACUUAUCGCCUACCUGUCCAGCAGACAGGCCGACUCAAUGCAUUUCAGAGGACCGAAAACACCGAGGGCAUCAUGGACGUCCACGAGUUAUUUAGUAGUUGCAGAAAGGGCGACGUUUGUAGAGUCAGAUACCUCAUUGAAGAGCGAGAUGUGGACCUCAAUGUAAGAGAUAAAUGGGAUAGCAGCCCCUUGUAUUAUGCUUGUCUCUGUGGCCAUGAGGAGCUUGUCCAGUACCUGCUGGCAAGUGGUGCCAAAUGUGAAGCCAACACAUUUGACGGUGAGCGGUGCCUGUACGGGUCACUGAACGACUCAAUCCGACGCCUGCUAAAAGAGUACAAAUGUGUCAGUGUUCGCGCCAUGAAGAGAGACGAUUUUAACUAUUUCCUGCACGUGUUGCUGGAGCAGGGACUGCAUAGUGACAUCACCUUCCUUGUUCACGGGCAAAUGUUCACGGCUCACCGAUGCGUGCUCGGUGCACUGUCAGAGUAUUUCACUGAAAUGUUCGCAAACAAAUGGAAGAACAAAACCUUGAUCCACCUCAAACAUCCCUUGAUCAACCCUGCAGCUUUUGGAGCCAUUCUGCAGUAUUUAUAUACAGGACGUAUGGAUAUUGAUGUGAGCCUUGUAGAUGACUGCAGACGACUUGCAAAGCAGUGUAAAAUGACAGCUCUCAUUGAGGAACUGCAGAUUAAGUGUAAACAGGUGUAUGACUUUGUUUCCAACAAGCCAGGCAUUUGCGUGAAGGUUCUCAGUCUGGAGCCACAUAUCUGCCAACUCCAGGAGGAUAUGGCCCAGUUGGCAGACUGUGCUCUGCCGCCUCAGCUCAGAGUUGGAUAUGGGGUACUUCCUUUCAAUCGGGUGGACCACUUGCCCACCUAUCCCGACGUCUGCUUUCGAGUCGAUGGCUAUGAUUUCUUGUGUCAUAAGGCCUUUUUCUGUGGACGGAGUGAUUACUUUAAAGCUUUAGUGGAGGACCACUUCAGUGAGGGAGAGCAGCUUCAGUCCCAGCCAAGCACACCUGUAAUAACUCUGCACAACAUCUCUCAUCAGAUUUUCAUCCACGUCAUGUAUUACAUCUACAGCGAUGACACGCAGCUGACACGGGAGAACGUGUUUGACGUCCUAUGUGUGGCUGACAUGUACCUUCUGCCGGGCCUGAAACGACUGUGCGGGAAGACUCUUGCCAAGAAUAUAUGUGAAGAUAACGUUCUGUGCCUGUGGAAGACAGCCAAGCUUUUCCGGCUUUCUCGGCUGGAGGAUCAAUGCAUAGAGUUUAUGGCCAAAAUAAUUGAGCGAUUGGUGCAGAAUGAAGAGUUUGCCGAGAUGGUCAAAGAGGAUGCCGCUUUGCUGGAGAAGCGUCACGAGACCGACUCGGUCCCUCUGAUAGACGACAUCCGUUUCCACAUUGCCACCCACGUUCAGACGUACAGUGCCAUCGAGGAGGCCAAUCAGAAGCUAGAUGCCUUGGAAGAGCUGCUGUUUAGCAUUGAUAUUGACUGCUGAAGACUUCUUGAGGUGCAAUUUGCAUGAGGAAUGACCUUUUUUCUGUUGCAAGCUUAUUUUAUGUACCACGCCUUGUUAAAAUAAUGUACAGAACCUACUUUUAGUUUUAAAGAUUAGCGAGAAUAUUGCAUAUAUUAGUCUGCAUGCCAUCUUGUCUUGUACAGUGGAGAAACAAAAGUAUACUUACCCCUGUCUAAAUGCAUUUCAAAACGUUUUUUUCACCAUUAAUGGAACUCCUUAGCUGUACAACUCAAUUCAUUAGCAUUCAUCCAUAAGGUAAGUUACCAACUGAGGUAAUGUGGCUCCAGGGGGUUUUGCAUUGAAACUCACGUUAAAUGGAAGUCAGCACACAAGUUUCAAGUUUAAAUGUUCCUAUAGGCUUUACCUCUUAAUUAAUUUCCUUUCUAUCAGAACAAUGAUUGCUAUUUAAAACCGUUCAAAAUUUCCUCCACCUUUGCUGUAGGCCCCAGGUUCAGCUGUAGAAAAAGUCCCAAAGACUGCCGCUGCUGCUACCAUGCCUUACUGUCACUGUGGUGUUCUUUUGGAGAUUAGCAAUAUUGUUUGCUCCACGUAUACUACCCCUUUUGUAAUUAUGGCCUUUAAACACAAUCUUGGUUUCAUUUGGAUCAUAACAAUUUUCCACGUUUGGGCAUGUUAACUGAGCUGUAUAUAAGGAUUCAGGAAAUAAGGAUUCCGUCCUCGCCAACCAGUUUUCAUCAGUUUUGGAGAGAGAUCCAUUGUUAAUGUCACUGUUGUCCCAUAUUUUCUCCUUUUGUGGUCAUCUGUAUGUUGUCACUGGGAAAUUAUUUCGACCCCUUUCUCAUGAUUGAUUGAAUAAUGAUGUCCUUUGAUCACAUGGAAGAUUUCCGCACACCAACAAAAAUGUCAGAAAAUGUAUAUCAGAACACCUGAACUCAAUUUAGGGUUAAUCCCAGACACUUUUAAGAAAGGCAGACGUGCUGAUUUGCACUUAACAGAAGUUUGAAAGUAAUUGGUUCAUUCGGAAACAUUAUUUUAUUCGUUGUUUUCCACAGAUUAGUUCCAGAUUAUACGACACGUCAAUGAUAGAAAUUGAUGAAAAUUUAUCUCGGUUGCAAGACUCGAAAAAACUUUGUAUUUGAAAAGGGACGUGUAUACUUUUUAGUAUCUCCACUGUCAUCAUAUUUGACUGUUUUGGGUUACAUGCUGACUUUAAUUUGUUCUCUAAACAAUUCUAUCUGACUUUAAUUUGUUCUCUAAACAAUUCUGCAACAUCACUAUUAGUUGCUUCCAUUGCACCCUUUUACUACUUAUAUUUGGCCAUAUAUGCAUUUUUCAUAUAUUUUAAUAUUUUAAUUGUCAUAUUCUAUAUCAAGUAUGAGUUGAUACUUAUCAAUGUUGUAUGUUAUGAAACAUCUUUGGCUGUGUUUGUAAGAGCGAAAAAAAGUGGAAACUUACAUAUAAAUUCGCUGCAAUUUGUCUAAUAAGAGAAUAAUAUGCUUGGUUUGGGUAAAAAUACUUUGUUCCCCGGUAAUAUUGAUGAGUUUAUAUUUCUACCACUAGAUGGUAGAAUUUUACAGCUUUUCAACAAGUUCUACCGUCAACUUUGUCACACAAAGUAUCUAUCACAAACGUAUCUAGUAUGGCAAUUUCCUCCCCAUGUUCAAGUAAUACAUUUGAAGUUUAUGCCUUUUUUUCUUUAUAAAACAUUGUAGCUCCAUGUUCAGAGCAGAUUGAAGUUAUCAGAGUGCAAAUCAACUAAGUAUAGUUACCAUCCUGAUAUGUUUAUGCAGUGCCACUAAAAAGGUCAGUGAACAAAACCUUUGGCUUUAAUGUCUCUUCAAUGCUGACAGGUCGACUGUACUAGAAUAAACAGCACAGUUAUUACCCCAACAA